AUGCCAAAACGAAAUGAACAGGUUAAGGAAAGCAGUGGUCCCAUAAGCCAUUCAUCCUUAGGAAGUAACAGCGAAGAUGACAACCCAAAGAUAAAUGGCGAUGCGGUUAAAAAGGAGAAGAAGAAAAAAAAAUUAACCAAUGGGGAUAUCAAUGUAAAGGAAAAAAAAAAGGGAGCAGUCAAUGGGAAUACUCACAUAGAGGAUGACAAAAAGGAAGCACACAAUAGUGACAACUACGCAGAGGAAGACAAAACCAAUGUAACCAAUGAUGACAAUUAUUCCGAGGAAGACAAAAAUGUAGACAGGACCAGAAGUAAAAGCAGAAGCCUAGACACAAAUAACGAAUGUGCAGAUGAUAUAUACAAAUUUAAAAAUGGGAAUAAUAAUACAAACAAGAAAAAGAAAAGCUUUGACGAAAUAAACGGGAAGGUAGAAAACGGGGAAGAUCAAAAUGUGAUGAAAAAUAACCAAAAGGUAGAAUGUAGGAGAAGGAAAAGUAGUAGUAAGGAAAUCAAAUGUUACAAAGAUUUAAAGUAUCUGAAGGAAUAUGCUAAUGUAAAAAGUACAAAUAAUCGUUUUACGAAUUUUAUGCGAUUUUAUGGAUACAAGGGAGGAAUACCGAAUAAUGGAAGUAAAAAUAGAAUGUCCAUAUCGAGCCAGAAUAGCACCAGCCAUAAUGUAAAUUUGAAAAACCAUGAAUGGAAUAUAGAUACAUUUAAAAUGAGAUUCAUCUCAUCAAUGAUACUGAUAUUUUUAUCCUUGCUAACGGUGGCAGCUGGACACUUUUACUGUUCUGUUCUUGUGCUAGUGUUGGUAAGCUUUGUGUAUAGAGAAAUAAUAUCUUUGAAGAGUGUAGAAAACAAGGACAAAAAAUUGCCAGAAAUUUUUUACAUAAGAUGGUACUGGUUUCUCUUAACCAUAUUAACAUGGGGUAUACCGUGGAUUAUUCCCAAAUUGAAGCAUCAAAUAGGACUCUUCAAGUACAUGUUAAAAUAUCACUCGAUAAUUAUGUUCAUAUUAGCAUUUUUUGGAUUAAUAUGGUUUAUACUAUCUUUAAGAAAGUUUUCUUUAAAAUAUCAGUUUUCUCAGAUAGGUAUUAUACUAUUAUCUUCCCUAUUUAUCGUAACACAAUUGUUAAUGCACAUUGCAAAUAUUUACUCGGGGCUAAUUUGGUUUAUAAUACCCGUAUCGGCAGUUGCUGUGAAUGAUACGUUUGCCUAUAUAUUUGGAGUCCUCUUUGGAAAAACAAGAUUGAUCGAAUUAUCCCCGAAGAAGACAGUUGAAGGAUUUGUGGGGUCAUCUGUUAUAACCGUUUUGUAUAGCAUAGGUGCAACGUACCUUUUACAAAACUAUAAAUUUUUGAUUUGUCCUCAAGAUCACAUUUCGUUUAUACCAUUUUAUACACUAUACACGACGGACUGUGAGGAUAGUUCCAUUUUCAAGCCAAAAUAUUAUACCCUACCAAGUCAGUUAUCCUCCAUACUAUCCAUCAAUAAAAUAUAUUACACCAACAUGGUUUUGCACGGAUUAGUUUUGAGCCUGUUUGCUGCGUUUUUGGCACCCUUUGGUGGCUUCUUUGCAUCAGGCUUUAAGAGAGCACUGAAAAUUAAAGAUUUUGGCCAUGCCAUUCCAGGACAUGGUGGAGCUACCGAUAGAUUUGAUUGUCAAAUUUUUAUUGGUAUGUUCACCUACAUUUAUUUGAAAACAUUUGUUAAAAUCAAAGGGAGGAUUAAUUAUUCCUAUGAUGUCCUUAUCGACUCAAUACAGAAAUUGGAUCAUAAGGAAGUGUUGCGCCUUUUUAAUCAGCUAAAAAAUAUGAUAGACAAGAAGAGGCGGAAAAGCGGCGACAAGAAGAAGGACCACCAUAACAAGCACCCUUGCAAGGAUGACAAGUGCAACAGCAACAAGAAGCCGCUGACCUAG